UGUGGCCGCAGGUAGAUUUCUAAUUUUGCUGUCGUUUCUUUAGACCUCUUUCGCUGGCCAAGCUCUAUUCACGAUUACACGACACUGGCAGAUGUUGAUGACAAAACCACAGAAUAGUUUGGUUGGAAAAUGACUAUUUGUGACAGUUUGACAGACUGCGUCACUGCUGCGACUGCGACGCGUUUGUUUACGUUUAUUUAUUUUGAUUUUCUUUUAGUAAAUUUUCAUUAUUUGCAUUUGCAAGUGAUCUCAUUGAAAUAGAAGAAUAUGAUAUCGUAAUUUAUAAAUCAUAACAAUAAAUGAGCUUGAACAUGUGUUGAUAUUUAAGUAGGUACCAAUAAAGAUGCCGAGGCUACGAAAGACAGAAAAUUUGGAUAGCUUAACUCUACCCCUGUGUAGAGCAUGUCUUCAGCAAUGCAGUGAACAAUAUUCUUCGCUAUAUGACUCUAUACAAGACGCUCCUAUCCAUGAGCACAUCACUUCUCUAGUUGACAUUAAGAUCUCGGAAAAUGACGGAUAUCCACAAGCAAUAUGUCGCUGCUGCCUUCAGGAUCUGCAGGUGGCCAUUAGCUUCCGGCAGAGAUGUAUAAAUACAAACAGCAGUCUCAGGGAUUCUGAAGUUUUAACUGGAUUGGAAACACUCAGUCCAGUUAAAAAAGAAGAGAUAUACCAAGAUGAACAUGAUGAUGAUAAAUAUGAACCAAUCUAUGAAGAUGACGAAGAACAUACCAGUGAGGUACAAAUAAGAAUUGACACAAGUCAGCUUCAGUUAUUUAACAAAGCACAUAACACUAAAUCCCACAAAUCAUUAUUUGAGUGCCAUGAUUGUGGAGAAGUAUUCAAGAGUAAAUUUAAACUGCAGAUGCACUGGAAAAAGAUUCAUACCACACCACAGGAAUAUAAGUGCCACAUUUGCAAAAGAAUAUACAAAAAUUCACUUUCAUUUAAUAGACAUUUGAAAGAAAUUAAAAAGAAAGUUUGUGUAAACCUUCAGGAUAUGACGGUUGAGGGAGAGGGUAAAGGACGGACAUUUUGUUGUAAAACAUGUGACUAUUCAACUAAAGUGGGUUGUUACAUAAGAAAACAUGUUUUGAUACAUUCUAGUGUGAAAAUGUAUUCCUGUGAUAUGUGCGACAAGUCAUUUAAACAAUAUUCAUCACUGUAUUCCCAUAGAAAAUACACACAUAAACUAUGUAAUGAAGAAUUCAGUUGUCACAUGUGCGGCAAAGUAUAUGUAGGAAAAUUAAAUUUAACAAGACACUUAUUGACAAGCCAUAGGGGUAAAUUCCAAUGUGAUAUCUGUAAGAAAGAAUUUAAGUCUAAACAUAAUAUAACAAUGCAUAUGAAGAGGCAUAGUGGUAAUAAGACUUACAAAUGUAAAAUCUGCAGCAAAACAUUUUAUACAUUAGGGGAGAAAAUAGGCCACAUACAAAAUGUACAUGAAAAGAAACUCUAUCAUUGCAAGUUUUGUGAUUACAAAUGCCAUAAGAGUGUUAAAAGGCAUCAGAUGAUGCACACAGCCAACAAUGUAGCAUGUAAAGUUUGCGGGAGAUUUUUUGAAAGCCAGCGUUAUCUAGACAAACAUGCUGAAGUACAUGGUGAUAAGAAGUUUUCCUGCCACAUUUGUAAUCAUAAAUUCCUCCGCAAAGACUCCAUACGAUACCAUAUGGCUACUAAGCAUAAAUAAAAAAUAUAUUGUUUCCAAUCCAAUCUGUGAAUGUUUCAUUUUACCUUGAAUAUAAGCUAGAUUGCUUCUCAAACAUAU